CCAAAACAGAGUUUAUUUGUAAACAACUUCUUGUGAAACGAGUGUUUCAUUGACACCACAAUUGGUCUCUUAAGCAAACAAUCCAUUUGUUGGACACUAUCUGUGGGUCUAUUGGUCUCUGUAUGCUAUCCAGUGAUGGCGUGGAGAUCUCAUGGACGCACGAACGCUGAGAUGAUCAUCAAUCUGAAGAAGAAUGGUAUCAUUGGGGACAGUGGUGUGGAGCGGGCGAUGAUGUCAGUGGACAGGGCUAACUACUGUCCCAACAACCCAUACAUGGACUCUCCUCAAGGUAUCGGAUAUGCCGUCACUAUCAGUGCCCCUCAUAUGCACGCACACGCUCUACAACUGCUGAAGGAUCACUUGACUGAUGGCAAGAAAGCACUGGACGUGGGCUCAGGUUCUGGGUAUUUGACGGCUUGCAUGGCUUUAAUGGUGGGUCCCAGAGGAAAGGCUAUAGGCAUCGAUCACAUCCCAGAAUUGGUGAAUAUGUCGGUCGAGAAUAUAAAGAGAGAUCAGCCAAACCUGAUUGAGUCGAAUAGAGUGAAACUGAUUGUUGGUGACGGAAGACAAGGAUACCCAUCGGAAGCACCUUAUGAUGCCAUACAUGUGGGCGCCGCCGCCCCUAACCUCCCACAAGCCUUGGUGGAUCAGCUCAAACCCGGUGGUCGACUCAUUGUGCCCGUCGGGAGGGAAGGCUAUAACCAAUCGCUCGAACAGAUCGACAAACUGGAAGACGGUUCCAUCCGACGCGAGUCCCUAAUGGGUGUCGUAUACGUACCGCUCACUGAUAAGAACGCCCAGUGGCCCGGGAGGUGAACUCAUUUCCAUUGCAUUGCAUUGAUUCAGUUUUCAGUCAUUUUAUAAGUUUAUGAAAUUCUUAUAUAUUUUAACUAAAUUUUUGUUUGUUUCAAAAGAAGAGUACAAUUAUCUAUUUGUUGCUAAUGUUUUGAGUUUUUAUUUCAAAAUACACUUAUUUUCUAGGAAUGAGUUGUAAAACUGACACUUUCACUAAUAGGGACUGUUUUGAAUGCUUCUGAUCUCUGAGAAUCAUAUUUCAUUGAAAUCUUCACUCAUCUGAAGAUUCACAUUGAAGACCAUAUUUAAUGAAUAACAAUACAGUUAUCCAUUCAUUCAUAUAAUCUUUUUUUUUGAAAAUAACACAUUUUUGUGCAUAACAUAUGAAUAGAAACUUUUGAAAGC